AUGCCGUUUACAUAUCCCUCAUCGUCAUGGCCAUUGGGACUUUUCCUAGGGACUCUUUUACUUCCCUCAGUACGCGCAGGCCCUUCGGUGAACGUGGCCUUGAGCGCCUCUUUUAGUUCUCCGCCAUACCUGCUGGAGCUACUGGAGACAGCCGCUGCAGAAAACUCCACCAGUUACUUCCCCCUCCUCGACCGUAUCGCGAACGGAGUGUUUGUAGACUCUCGAACGGAUAAGGACCUAUACGACCAGUUUCUUCGUAUCUUGCAGGAUGAUGGGCAUAUUAGCGACCCGAGCGCGUUGUCAUCGUUUAAGCUUGCCAUGUCGCUUCGGUCGACGGCGCCGAGAAUACAGGCGCACUAUCAGUAUUAUAACACCUCUGUCGAGCCGUCGUUGAUGGGUGCUCAGGAUGCAGUAUGCCAGGUUUGGGCGCAUUAUGCUGGAGAACAAUAUUGCUCGCCGAGUCUAGAGCAUGCGCAGCAAGGUGUUUCUGGAGAACAAGUGCGAUACCGCCCAUCUUCAUCCGGCCAUGCAAACCAGCUUUUUGUAAGCGGUUAUGGUGUUGAACUGGCCUUGAAGCGGACGGAUUACAUUGUGAUCGAUGAUAGAGCUGCGGAGCAGAGUCCCAAUUCAGAAAAUGCAAAAGCAACACCACCGGCGGCUAAGGAUUUGAAGGAAGAGUCCCCAGCUGAUUUGAAACCAUUGUCUGCAUCAGAAGUAUCAACACUCGGGCUUAAUGCAGCCAGUUUCGCGGUAAACAGCGAGAAUCCGUUUGAGACGUUGUUAAAGCUAUCUGAAGAUUUCCCCCGGCAUUCCUCCGUUAUCGCUAGUAUCAACGCUACAACGGAAUUUCUCGAGGAGUUUGGCCAAAACCAAGAACAUAUGUUUCCUCCCGGAUACAAUGUCGUGUGGAUCAACGGGGUUCAAAUCGACUCUCGCCGGGUUAAUGCCUUCUCGCUGUUGGAUCAUUUACGCAGUGAGCGGAAACUGAUUAACAGUUUCCGUGAACUUGGUUUCUCAGCAAGCGAAGCUGUGGAAUUACUCUCUCACCCGAUUAUCGCUAAUUCGCAAGCCGCAGAGGUUGGCCCGCGAUAUGAUUAUAGAGAUGACACCGAAGGGGGAGGAGUGAUUAUUUGGCUUAAUGAUAUAGAGAAAGAUAAACGCUAUCAGGGUUGGCCCAGUAGUUUAAAUGCGCUCCUUCAACGGAUGUACCCCGGUCAAUUCCCCCAAGUGCGCCGCGACAUUCAUAAUGUCGUUGUUCUUUUGAAUUUAGCCGAUGGGCCGGACGUGCAAAUGCUUGUGUCGCAGAUACAGACAUUCAUCACCAGGAAGAUUCCAGUUAGAUUUGGUUUGGUUCCCACGGUUGUAGAUCAAGCAUCUAUGCAGCAGAUUAGGAUUGCCUCCUAUUUGCAUCAAACAUAUGGCUUAAAGACUCUUCUAACUUAUUUGGAGACCGUCUUGGAGAAAAGCAAGAGCCAAACAAUAUCACCGGACAAGAACAGUUUUAAUGCUGCAAUUCACGAUCGUGAACACCGUGAGGGAGAGAAUAUAUUAACGUUUGAAGAAAUAUUGUCUUCAGAUGAAUUCGAACCAAUUAUCACCAAAACAAAGGCAUACCUAAGGAGACUGGCAUCGGAGGAGCCAGCCCCACUAAUGUUCGCUAAUGGUGCUGUGAUUCCUCGGGAUGACAAUUGGAUUCAACCGCUCACAGCAAGGUUGUCCCAAGAUCUAGUUAAUAUCCAGCAAAGUGUGUUUGCGGGUCUAUAUGAGGACGAUUUUUGGAUGCCCAACCACUAUCUUGAAGGAGCGGUGUUGAGUCGCAACUCACUGAUUAUACCAGAGGAUCCAAGCAUGAUUCAGAUUCUCGACUUGAACGCUGCUUAUAGGAGAUAUCAGUCUGAACUUGAAACGCUACCACGGAUACCCGCAUCUGGUGAUUCAGAUAUGGGAAAAUGGGGAAACCUGAUGCUAAUUGCUGAUUUUGACAGCGAUGAUGGGCAAAAGCAGCUAAGCACCAUUCUUGAGUUUCGCGAGAAGAACCCCGAGAUUGAGGUCCUUCUCCUCCACAAUUCCAGCACAAAUACUCAUGGCCGUGUGUCUGCAGAACUUUUUGACGUUGUAAAAUCUACCCGUGAUGUUGAUGAGUCUACACUCAAAUCUAUCCUACAACCUGACUCUGAACGGCUUGUCAAACAAGAAUCUGAGAUGGAGCCGGUUCGUAAUUACUUCGGAUCGCUGUCUUCGCUGGCGAAAGACUUGGGCCCAUUGCGAGAUCGCACCAAUAUUGUAUUCAACGGAAGGGUCGUCGGUCCAAUCCCCUCAACUUCGCUUUUCGAGGUCCAGGAAUUGGAACAACUCUUAGCUUACGAGCGAGAAAGACGGUUGGAACCUGUUGUGAAGGCUGUUUCAUCACUUGCUCUAAAGGAUAAAAUCAGGGACCCCUUUGCAUUUGCAAGGUUAACGUCUCUUGUUGCCCGUUCGACGGCAUCUGACAUGCCAGAGGAUAUAUACGACAGUGGACGAGUAACACGCACCAGCACGUACAAAAAAUGGAACAAUAUGCAUUCCGGGUUUUCAUUGUCUAAUACAGAUGACCCUCUGAUUCAAGUUGUUGCUACUAUUGAUCCUGCCUCUGAAACUGCGCAGCGCUUCAUUCCUAUCCUAAAGGUCUUAUCUGAGCUGAACGGAGUCUCUCUCAGAGUAUUCCUCAGCCCAACCACGUCACUGAAAGAAUUGCCUAUAAAAAGAUUCUAUAGGCAAGUUCUAGAGUCAGAGCCGUCCUUCAAUGGUGAUGGAUCCUUGCGCAGGCCCGGAGCAUCUUUUACAGGAAUUCCAGAAGACGCACUGUUGACGUUGGGUAUGGACGUUCCUCCGUCCUGGUUGGUUGCUCCCAAGGAGUCAAUUUACGAUUUGGAUAACAUCAAGUUGAGCUCGCUGAAAGAGGGCGCGAAUGUGGAUGCCAUUUACGAACUCGAGCACAUUUUGAUUGAGGGACACUCACGCGAUACAACGCAUGGAAGCCCUCCCCGAGGAGUUCAGCUUCUGCUAGGAACAGAAAGAAACCCACAUUUUGCUGACACUAUCAUCAUGGCAAAUUUGGGCUACUUCCAAUUUAAGGCUCAGCCGGGAUAUUGGCAGAUUACCUUGAAACCGGGACCAAGUGAACGUAUUUUCCACCUGGACAGUGUUAGCGGUACGGCAUUCGGGGCGGGACCCAGUGACGGAAAUAAUGAGGUUGCGUUGCUGUCGUUUCAGGGCACAACUUUGUUCCCGCGGCUAUCGCGUAAAGCUGGCCAUGAAGAAGAUGAUGUUCUGGAGGCUGGGUCCAAACCAAACUCUGCAAAGAAUUACUUUGCCAAGGGCCUCAAUUUCGCUUCUGACAUGAUAUCCGGCAUGACUGGAACCCGACAGGAUAAACAGGCCGAUAUUAACAUAUUUUCCGUCGCCAGUGGCCAUCUAUACGAGCGCAUGCUGAAUAUCAUGAUGGUUUCGGUAAUGCGACAUACAAAGCACUCCGUCAAGUUUUGGUUCAUUGAACAAUUCCUUUCACCUUCGUUCAAGUCCUUCCUCCCACAUUUGGCGAAGGAAUAUGGAUUUUCGUAUGAAAUGGUUACUUAUAAGUGGCCUCACUGGCUCCGUGCCCAGCGGGAGAAGCAGCGAGAGAUUUGGGGCUACAAGAUUUUAUUCUUGGAUGUGCUCUUCCCGCUAUCGCUUGAUAAAGUCAUUUUCGUGGAUGCUGACCAAAUUGUACGUACCGACAUGUACGAACUCAUUAAGACGGAUCUAGAGGGCGCACCAUACGGCUUUACGCCGAUGUGCGAUUCCCGCGAAGAAAUGGAAGGGUUCCGCUUUUGGAAACAGGGUUACUGGAAGAAAUUCCUUAAAGGUCUUCCCUACCAUAUCUCCGCGCUGUAUGUCGUCGACCUCAACCGUUUCCGCCAGAUUGCAUCGGGGGACCGGCUGCGAGGACAAUACCAAUCACUCUCCGCAGACCCAAACAGUCUCUCCAAUCUAGACCAGGACCUCCCCAAUAAUAUGCAGCAUUCUAUUCCAAUCAAGAGUCUUCCGCAGGAUUGGCUGUGGUGCGAAACGUGGUGCUCGGACGGGGCGCUGAAAACAGCAAAGACGAUUGAUUUGUGUAAUAAUCCGUUGACAAAAGAGCCGAAGUUGGAGAGGGCCAGGAGACAGGUACCAGAGUGGACGGAGUAUGACGAUGAGAUUGCGGAGUUGGGAAAACGGGUUGCGAGGGAGCAGCAGCGGAUUAGGGGCAAAAAAGGCCAGGAGGAGGACGUGGAUGGCGAGGAAGACGGGGCAACAAUUAUGGAAAAGGAUGAGUUGUAG